GAACAUCUUCUUAUAUCAUUAGUGCUUGGUAAUUCAGCCCAUCACUACUUCAAUGCCUAACGUGAAAGAUACACCUGUGAGCCGAGUUGUAGCACCUGCCAUAAGCGGAUAUACCUUGGUGUUCCUUACCAAUGUGCUGGAGAAUGUACCGUUUGUUACAAACAAAAUCGCAGCCGACGGAGGAUUACACAAUUUUAGGAAGAGAAACGAUCUAUCGGAUGUGAUAACAACCGUACCUGUUCCCGUGCAAUACAAUUUCUUUCAGCAAGAUAUUGAUCAUCAGGAAAAUAAAAUUACCAGCUUGGAGUCUGAAUCUAGCCGUACGCCAUUCUUGAGCUAUCAUGACUAUAUCAAAGCGUAUAAGGAUGGCAAAGUCACUCCUUCUGAGAUGGCUGAGCGCGUUCUCAAAGCGCUGGAGGAUAGCAAAUCUAUGAACUUCAUGAGGUCUUUCCAUGAGGAUUCUAUUCGUGAGCAAGCAGCCGCAUCAACCGAGCGUUAUAAAACCGGCGCAACUUUAAGUGAUUUGGACGGCAUUUUCAUCCCAAUUAAAGAGGAAUCGGACAUCAAAGGAUACGAAUCUCGAGCUGGUACUGUUGGGAUCAACGUUGGUAUAUUUUCUGAUGAAGAUAGUGCCAUUGUUCAGAGACUGAGAGAUGCAGGAGCCAUCAUUGUUGGACACACCGUCAUGAAUGAAAUCGGCUGGGAUACCUUCACAGUCAACCCCAAUACAGGAACUCCCAAAAACGCUUACAAAUUGAAUUGUUCUUGCGGUGGGUCUAGUGGUGGUAGUGGCGGUGCUGUUGCCACGGGCAUUUUUCCUAUCGCUGUUGGUGCAGAUGGCGGCGGUUCUAUCAGAAUCCCUGCAUCCUUUUGCGGAUUGUAUGGUAUAAAAGCUACACAUGCUAGAAUUUCUGGUUUUGGAGCUCAACCAUUGGCUCCUACUGUUGGCAUUUCCGGACCUAUCGCCGCUACUGCAGAUGAUAUGGCUCUUGCCUAUGCCAUAGUAGCCGGGAAAGAUAGCCGGGAUCAAGCAACACUAAUGCAGCCUCCCGUCAGCCUUGCAAAUUAUAGCAAUUCUAAGAGUUUGGAGGGAAUCAAGAUCGGUAUCUUUCCUGAAUGGAACAACAUGGUGAUGGAUCCAAUUAUCAAUGACCGCAUUGAAGUUUUCAAGAAAUAUUUUUCAUCCUUGGGAGCUACCUUUGAAAACAUUGAAAUACCAGAACUAGAGGAAGCAAGAAAUGCUCAUGCAAUCACUAUCUCAACUGAGAUCAGCAACUAUGUUAAGAAGCACGGCUCUUCAGCACGCCAGAAGCUGCUGUACUCAAAUCGUAUUUUAGCCGCUGUCGCUGAUACGUUAGAGCCUGUGGACUAUGUUCGUGCCCAGCAGAUUCGAACUCGAUCCAUGCAGCAUGUGAUGGAUCUCUUCAAACCCAAGGUCGGCAAAGGAAUCGAUUUGAUUUUGACCCCGACUACAGCUAUUACAUCGCCAGAGUUGUCACCAUCCCUGUUGACCUAUGGCAUGAGUAACAACCCCAUGACUUCGGAUGCCAUGCGAUAUGCCUUCUUGGCCAACUUCAUUGGUAUUCCGGCCGUCCAAGUUCCAGCAGGCUUCGACGCUCGAGGAUUACCAGUUGGUAUGCAAUUGAUGGCGGAGUGGUGGAACGAGGAAUUACUUCUUCGCAUGGCAAAAGUUUGCGAGGAAACUCCUGGCGUGGAGCGAAAGCGGCCCACCGAAGGCUGGUAUGGCGACAUGUUGAACUAGAUACCAUCAAGCUUGUGACAGGGUACUUGCCAUCCAGUUUCCAUGGCGAAGCUGUAUGAGUAGCUAGCUGAAUGUGAGUAGUGAUGCAUUACUUUGUCAUAAAUGAUUGCCCACAUCAGUUCUACGAACAAACCAAACCGUUCUUUUCUAUUACUUUUAAUGAAUGAAAAAAUGUAUAGUGAAAUUUUUAAAGAGAGUGAGAUGAAAAAAUGACAAGGCGUUGUACAUGAA